AUGUCUCUAACCGGUGUACCGUUUUUUUUGGUGGUUCAACGAAGCAUUAUUUAUUUUUCGGUUCAAAUCGUGGACAUUUGUUGCCAAAAAAGACGAGAAAGUGAAGGUUUUCGACAACAAGGGAACUACCGCUCUUCUAUUUGCCUCAUUCAGGCUGUGUUUGCUCACGAUCGGCAUAGAACCAAUAUCGCCAUCAAGCUGGAAGGAAAGGAGCUGAAAAGCUGCAAUAGCAGCAGCACCGGAGGGGGCAGCAACGCUGUCGGGAACGGUGGUUCCAAAAAUCGGAAAGUGGCUCCAAAGAAAAAGGAAAAAGAUGCGGAAGUGUCCAAGCAACCGAAGCUGGACCAACUUCAGACAGACCACGAGCUUUUCAUGCAGGCCUUCGAGAAACCUACUCAGAUAUAUCGAUACUUACGGACGCGUAACAUGAUUUCGCCAAUCUUUCUCAACCGCAAUCUGUCCUAUAUGCGACAUCGAAUGUCUCGAUCUCAUAAAACGCGAAAUACAUUCAAAAUUGAUACCAUGCUGGCCCAAAAAAUGAACAGGAUGCGUAGCGACAAAGCGAACGGCAUUUCUCUUUCAGGCGAAUACUUGACGUUGUUGUUUUUAGGAUUCUUCGAUAAAACUCAAUUCGACGAUCCGAUGGACGGAACAGGGAAGAAACUAGAGCAAGAGAAUGGAUCUAGAAAGACUGUGCAAGUGGAGACAGUACUUCUAAAGAUUUCACACAACAAACGAAAGGAUAUUUCUUCAGCACUCAUGCAAGUGGCCGUCGGCAGGUCCGAAGUGAUGGUUAAUCCCAUGGAAAAGUGUUCUGAAGAGAAGGUACCAACAAUAAGCAUAGCAACUGAAUCGUUCAGCUCCGUUGGAAUCAAUCAGGUGGCGGGACCACAGCUAUCCUUCCUUCUUCUAUUCAGAGUUCAUAUGCAUACAAACAGUGGUAAUGGUUUUUGUGCAAUUACCAACGGGAUGAAUGCUUACGAGAACGGCGGAAGUGACGAAGAACCUUCCGCCAAGCGACAGAAAGUCAGCGGAUGCACUAAGUUGUUUGGCACCGAGCUAAUUAUAUUUGAUAAGUAUGGCCGUUGUUUGCUGAAAGAAGGCGACUACGAGCUGACAGUGCAGGAAAUUUUGCCACAUCAACAGCAACUACAAAAGUACAAUUCGCCUAAGAAGAACUCAACUUGGGAGACCAUACAACCUUUCAAUGGCGAUCGAAACGAGGUAGACAUGAUUGAUGUUUACAAACAACAAAACGGUCUUGAUGAUCAAAAUCCAAUUGUAGUGUUUAGUAAAUCGCCAAGUUUGAAAUUCCGCCUACAAUGGACAAAAGAGGCUUUACCAGGAUUCGUCGACAGACCGCAACCGAUUCUGAUCAAUUUGAACAAUAAUGAAGGGAAUGAUAAAGAGAAUCAUAAACCCGAAACGCUGUCGUCAGCAUUCAAGAAAAAUUUCAAUAUCAACAUCAACAACAACAGCAUACUCACACCGGCUGCAGCAACUGGACAUUCGAACAGCGCCUCCGCGUUGGACGUGAACACUGCCGCUGUGGUGCCAAUUGGUACACAUAACCCUAGCACAACUUCGGCAACCUCAUUGAUGGAACUGCAACACUGUCCCGAUGAACCCAAAAUCGAUCAUAUCAUUUAUCAGUUUGUAUAUAAUAACAAUUCCCGCCAGCAGACCGAAACCAAGUCAGAUUUCCAUUGCCCGUGGUGCAGUCUGAACUGUGGAUCGUUGUAUCCACUGUUGAAGCACUUGAAGCUCUGCCAUGCGAGGUUCAUCUUCAACUAUUUUCCAAUACCAAAUGGGGCACGGAUCGAUGUAUCCAUCAAUGAGCUGUACGAUGGCUCGUACAAUGGUUCUCCACACGAUCUGUUGGGGGCCGUGAAUGCAUUUUCCAGACGUGGCCCCGUGCGACGAACCGUAGUCACCAAUCUGCUUGUGUGUAGACCCCGACGUACGAAACACAGUCUAACCGAGUUCAUCGAAUGCGACGAGAACGAAUUCGACAGUCAGCGGCCGUACAUAACCGGACAUAGCAGAAUGUAUCACCAUACGAUGACAUGCCUGCCGGUUCAUCCCAAGGAGCUCGAGAUCGAUUCAGAGGGUGAAAGUGAUCCGCUUUGGCUGCAAUAUAAAACGAUGCAGAUGAUUGAUGAAUUCACCGAUGUCAACGAAGGCGAGAAAGAGUUGAUGAAAAUGUGGAACCUUCAUGUGAUGAAGUAUGGCUACGUCGGCGAUUGUCAAAUCCCCAUCGCUUUGGACAUGUUCAUCGAUUGCCGGGGAAGAGAAUUAUUAAGGAAAAAUCUCUAUCGUAAUUUCGUGCUGCACAUGUGUUCAAUGUUCGAUUUUGGAUUGGUAUCGCCGGAAGCGAUGCAAAAAACGGUUAGAAAAUUACAGAAAUUAUUAUUUGAGAGUCUUGACUUGCAAAAACAAGUGUCCACGGCCCGCAAAGACCAGAUGGAGUAUUGGAACAAUGUCACUGUGCACAAACAGGUUCAACCAAAGACAGAAAAGACAACGGAGAAAACGAGCGCUGGCGCAAGUGGUACUCCUUUGUCUACUCCAUCCUUCAAGAUUAUCGGUAGUACGGGAAACGAGAAGAAAGUCAAACCCACUAUCACACCUGCUAAGAAUACUGCCUCGUCUGUUACGGCGAUCAUUAAAAAUGCCAUCUCACCACCCCGCCGUAGAAGUACAAGCGCUGCGCUUCAUUCCAACCAAUCAUCCACCACCCAUCAUAACUCAUCUCAUUCGUCUUCUUCUACCUCACAAACCAACAAACGUUCAUCCGCCGCUAAUAGCAAUAGCGCGAACAAACACCACAACAACAAUAACAGCAGCAGCAGUAGCAGCAAAACCUCCACCAUUACCACAAGAAGAAAAUCUCUUUCGGUAGGCACACAUCAGCAGCGUAAGAGAUCUCUCAACUGACUCUGGGUUCUGUGACGGGUCGUACGUUACUGAUAUCGUUAACAAAAACUGCCUGAUCUGCCCCUUUGAACGGUACUCUCAUGCGUGUGUCAAAGAGGCAGUUGAUUCCGAUGCGAUAUCAAAGAAGUUAUGAAAGUUUGUGUGAGUUUUUAAUAAAGUAUGAGUGAGAUAUUUUGUGGAUAUAUUAUUAUAGUGAUAGGCACAAAAAAUAAAGCGAUAACACUACGUAUUCGUUUUUGAAUAUAGCUAGAGCGAGGGUAUUUCCUAUUAGGAGAACACAAAGAACGGUGAUUGAGCAGGAACAAAAAAAACCUUUGUUAACAGAAAAUGUAGACAUAUGAACGUUUGCGUAAAACAUGCUAACCGGAUGGAAGUAGAUAUUAAUUUCGAAGUCGCAAUGAAGCAAAUACGUUGAAGUUAGAUAUCAAUAGUCUUGAUUCCGUACCUCGCAGACAUUGCACAGAGAGUACUGGAAUGAGUCUAUAGCUAAUGUAAAAAAAAUCAACUUAGAAUGAAAGUGAUAUCUGCAAAAUUUAGAUUAUAUUUUAUGUUUCUUUGACUGGUAAAACUGUUUUUACAAUGCGUUCACGUUUCUAUAAAAAUUGAAGUUUAAAUUAAGCAUAAAAGCAGUGUUAGAAUAAAUAUGAAAAAUUACAUGUUUUAUGCCGAUUGCGAUUUUCUUUUUUAAACUCAGAAAUGUAUCAUUUUUAUAAAAGUUGGAGAAACCUUAUAUUUGUUUUAAAUAAUUCGAUCCUAUACUGCAAUAAAAUGAGAAUGUAUGGUUUACAUUACGAGUAGAA